AUGGGUAGGCAGACUCAAGAACAAGCUGCCGUUAUUACCCAAGCCGUUGCUGCUGCUGUCCAUGGAGUAAACGUGAACCAAGGGAAUGACAAUGAAAAUAGACAGAUGCAUCGGUUAGUAGAACAGUUCUUGAAGUUGAAACCGGCUAAGUUCACUACGAAAGGUGAUUCAGAAGUUGGUCCUUGUUGGAUAGAGGAUUUGGAAAAAGCGUUUGAGGUUUUGGGGUGCACGGAAGAGGAAAAAGUGACCCUAGCAAGGUAUCGGUUGCGGGAUACUGCCGGUGAUUGGUGGAAGGGCACCAAAGGAAGAGUUUUUCCUAAGGGUACGGUUCCGAAGUGGACCGUCUUCGCCGAAGUCUUCAAUGGGAAGUAUUUCUCCGAGACUACUCAAGAGCAGAAGAUGUUGGAGUUUCAGCAACUCCGUCAGAACCGGAUGAAUAUUGAUCGGUUUAAGGCUGAAUUCUCAAAACUGCCAAAGUAUGCACCAAGGAUAGUGGAGAAUCCUCCGGACAGAGCGAGAAGGUUCCGGGACGGAUUGAGGCAGGAGCUUUGUAAUUAG